GAGGAAGUAUUAGCAGCGCGCGCCCCCUGCUGUCUGUUAGCGUUAGCCGCUGUGAGGACCGGAGAGAAUCAAUGAGACGAAGACAAAGCGUCAAUAAAAGCUCGUGAUCAUCACCAGGAGGGCGGAGCUUUCCUUCAGACAUGAUGGUGGACGCAGAGCCGGAGCUUGACCAGAACAGCCCCUCCCCCUCCCUCUCCAUAUCCUCUUCCCCCUCCCUGUCCCUCCCCUCUACGCCCUCGUCGUCCUGUGGCCCCACCCAGCCCACCACGCCCCCUCUGGACGUGAUCAGCGAGGGCGUGGGCGAGCUCAGCCUGAUGAUCGACGCUGAGGUGGCUCAGCGAGCAUGUCACCAGGUUCUGCAGAAGGUGAAGCUGCAGCAGGUCGACGACGACGAUGACGUUACCGACCUGCAGAGAGAGGCGUGUCCGGAACCCCCUGCCCCGCCCACUGCUCUGACCGCCGCAGUAAAAGCAAUGAAGAUCCGCGAGGAGGAGGACGACCCAGAGGGCGCGCCCCCCUGCUCGGUGAAGUGCGCCCGGCGACGGCAGAGACACAAUCCCUCCAAACAGUCGUGGCUGCUCCGCCUCUUCGAGUCCAAGCUGUUUGAUGUUUCCAUGGCGAUCUCUUACCUGCACAACUCCAAGGAGCCCGGCGUGCAGGCGUACAUCGGGAACCGCCUCUUCAGCUUCUCCCACGACGAGGUGGACUUUUAUCUUCCGCAGCUGCUCAACAUGUACAUCCACAUGGACGAGGACGUCGGAGACGCCAUCAAGCCAUACGUGGUACACCGCUGCAGACAGAGCAUCUCCUUCAGUCUUCAGUGUGCCUGGCUGCUCGGAGCUUACUCCUCGGACAUGCACAUCUCCACACAGCGUCACUCCAGAGGAACUAAACUCAGGAAGCUCAUCCUGUCCGACGAACUCAAACCCGCCGGGCCUCGCACUCGCAGAGAAGCCCUCACUCUGACGCCUUUCUGCCCAGCCACGCCCCCUGCGACUGGGCCCGGUGACCACGGCCUGUCACCCUCCAAACGCACACAUCAACGCUCCAAGUCGGACGCCACUGUCAGCAUCAGCCUGAGCAGCAACCUGAAGAGAACAGCCAGCAACCCCAAGGUUGAGAGCAGCCAGGACGAGGACAGCAGCUCCAGCUCGGACAGUCUGGAGUUUGAGACUGGUCCCCCAGUGCGUCUGGCUCCUCAGCGUGAGUUCAUCAAGUCUCUGAUGGGGAUCGGGAAGCGUUUGGCGACGCUGCCGACCAAAGAGCAGAAGACGCAGCGUCUCAUCUCUGAGCUUUCGCUGCUCAACCAUAAGUUGCCGGCGAGAGUGUGGCUGCCUACGGCGGCCUUCGACCACCACGUGGUGCGAGUUCCGCACACGCAGGCCGUGGUGUUGAACUCCAAAGACAAGGCUCCAUACCUGAUCUACGUGGAGGUUCUGGAGUGUGAGAACUUCGAAACGUCCAGUGUUCCGAUCCGGAUCCCAGAGAACCGGAUCAGGAGCACGCGCUCCGUGGAGAACCUUCCGGACUGUGGCAUGACGGCGGAGCAGAGGGCGGGAAGUUUCUCUGUCGUUCCCAACUAUGACAACGACGACGAGGCAUGGUCUGUGGACGACAUCGGAGAGCUGCAGGUGGAGCUUCCAGAGAUUCACACCAGCAGCUGCGACAACAUCAGUCAGUUUUCAGUUGACAGCAUCACAAGUCUGGAGAAUAAAGAACCUGUGUUCAUCGCUGCUGGAGACAUCAGGCGUCGUCUCUCUGAACAGCUCGCUCAGGCACCCACCACCUUCAAACGUGACCCUGAAGAUCCAUCAGCUGUGGCCCUGAAGGAGCCAUGGGAAGAGAAAGUGAGGAGGAUCAGAGAGGCGUCUCCGUACGGUCACCUUCCCACCUGGAGACUUCUGUCCGUCAUCGUUAAAUGUGGAGACGACUUGCGUCAGGAGCUGUUGGCGUCUCAGGUGCUGCAGCAGCUGCAGUCCAUCUGGGAGCAGGAACGUGUGCCUCUGUGGAUCAAACCGUAUAAGAUCCUGGUGCUGUCGUCAGACAGCGGGAUGAUCGAGCCCGUGGUCAACGCCGUGUCUCUUCAUCAGGUGAAGAAACAGAGUCAGCUGUCUCUGCUCGACUACUUCCUGCAGGAACACGGCUCCACCACCACUGAGGCCUUUCUCUGUGCUCAGAGGAACUUUGUCCAGAGCUGCGCUGGAUACAGUCUCAUCUGUUACCUGCUGCAGGUGAAGGACAGACACAAUGGGAACAUCUUAUUGGACGCUGAAGGACACAUAAUCCACAUUGACUUUGGCUUCAUUUUGUCCAGUUCUCCUAAAAACCUCGGCUUUGAGACGUCAGCCUUCAAACUCACCACUGAAUUUGUAGACGUGAUGGGAGGUCCAGAUGGAGACAUGUUUAAUUAUUACAAGAUGUUGAUGCUUCAGGGUUUAAUCGCUGCCAGAAAACACAUGGACAGAGUUUUACACAUUGUAGAGAUCAUGCAGCAAGGUACCCAGCUGCCUUGUUUCCAUGGCAGCAGCACCAUGCGUUGUCUGAAGGAGCGUUUCCACAUGAGUCUGACGGAGGAGCAGCUGCAGCUGCUGGUCGAUCAGCUGGUCGACGGAUCUAUGAGGUCACUGACCACCAAGCUGUACGACGGCUUCCAGUACCUGACCAACGGCAUCAUGUGACCGCCCACCGCGCCUCCAUGGGACCGCCCACGCCAGCUGCUGUCUGUCUGUCUGUCUGUGUGUGUGUAUGUGUGCAUGUGUACAGUGUGUGUGUACAGUAUGUAUAGUGUGUGUGUACAGUAUGUAUACAGUGUGUGUGUGUGUGUCUCUCGUCUUUAUUUUAUUCCACUUUUGUUUUGUCUCCUCUUCCUGUUUAUUUGGGCUGAAGUCCCUCAUUGGCUGCUCACUCGGACUCUCAGCCAAUCAGAGAGCAGCCUAGUUUUAGCUGUGAAACGAGCAGAGACUCUUUAAAGGACCACCCCGCUGUUUUUCAUGUUUUAGCCCUUUAACUGCAGAUGGUGUGAAAACACAUUAAAACAGAACCAGUGUUUACUGCA